AUGUCAAAGGAGGCUCCUCCUAUUAUGCGCAAACUUCUAAUUGGACAGCUAGCCAACCUAAAUUAUGGUAGCACUAGUUUGGAGGACGGAGGACUUAUUCACAGCGUUCCAUUUCCACCCAAUCGUCAACUUCUCUUUUCUCUAGUCUGGCUCCAAGGUCAUGUUUUGGGAACUUACUCCUCUUCAUCUAACUCUUAUUUUUUAUUGGAUGAUGGGACGGGCUCAAUAAUAGUCAAAAUUCAACCCGACACAGAACUUCCAUCACUUGGCACUUAUGUUUCGGCCGUUGGUGAAAUUUCUCGAGAUGGAGCGUUUAUUCAAAGCCCUUUUGAUGACUUCUCCUCCUCUUUGAAAACUUUCCAAUUUGCGGCCCGUUCAGUUAUGUGCUUGUCACUGGCUGAUAACCAUUUCCCUGGUGAUGAAGACUCUUUCCCAAAAAGUUCACCCCCUUCUGUUUACGCUGAGCUCUCCUGGCCAUUGGAAGUUUUAGAUAUGAGCCGGAAUUUCUCAGCUCCUUUUUAG